AUGCCAACUUCUUCGUCUCCCAACGGUGAGAUAGACGAUUAUGUUCAUUUGAUGUCAAAAGUCAACAGCGAUCAGUUGUAUGCUAACCUUAGUAACUCGUCAUGCUCAGAUAUACGUCAACUUACUAGAUCAGUGACGCAUACAGGACACGGACAUUUUGAUGAUGCAUCAAGUACAACCAAAAAUCACGAGGAGAAAAAGCACCCAGCAUAUGAGACAGUCCACCUGCAUCAUCGGCCGCCCCAUUAUCUUCAACCCAUUACGCCAAACCAAUUGCUUCGUCAGACAGCACAUCAAGUGAAAAGAGACGAGGCAAAAAGAGCUGCAAGCCCUUUAAGAAGAGGAGUUUUCCCAUAUGAUUCGCAGAGUGUACUAAAUUCACCUUUGGACUCUUCCUCCGAAUCUUUACCUUCGGAUUCUUCAACAACGCAAUUGCCUACAUCAAGCAUUAAUUGUGCUAUUAAAAAAGAUGCAGGACCAUUAAAAUCUGCGCUAGCAAGGCAUGAUGAGCAUAGUUCUGGAAACAACUUUCGUAGAUUGGUUUCCUUUGACACAGUCAAUCUUGGCUUUAGCGACGAUGGGUCGGACAGCACUUCUAUUUCUAGUAAUAAUGCUGGUGGAAAUAACUUGCUAGAUUCGGAAUUUGGAUUUCAUACCGAUUCUCAUAAGCGAACAAACUGGCGUUCUCCUUCUCCAUUAGAUAGGGAUACGUCUCCUUUAGGCAGAGAAUUGUCGCCCAGAAGCCGUGUUGAUCGUGCGGGUAAUACGCUCAGUCCACAGAGCAGAUCUCAAUCCAACGGAAGAAGUCUGAGCCGAACAAGAAGUUCCAUCGAUAGUACAUUUCGUAAAUAUCCAACUAUUCCCAUAAUCACGCAUGAUGCUGUGACGUUGACGAAAAAGCACAAACUAUUUGAUAAACUCUACUCAGGACAGUUGAAACCAAGAUUACCUAUUAUGCCCAAUAGAAAUAUUCUAUGCUAUGUCAGCGGAAGAAGGCACACUUGGGUCGCUAUCGAUUGGUGUUGUAACCAGUUUCUCGAGGAUGGUGAUACUUUGGUUAUUAUAGCGUCAAUCAGGCCAAAUUGGAAAAGAUCAUUACGCAGAAGAUUGUCAUCAAGCUCAAUAUUUUCAACAAGCCAUGAUCUGAUAACAGAUCUCAAUAUCAAACAGUCGCCAGAGUAUACUAAGAUUGUCACCGAAAAUUUGAUGAAGUAUGUAAUGGCAGUGUUGAAUCCUAACAAGAUUAUCAAGAUCACUAUAGAAUUGGGUGUUGGAAAUACUAAGGAUGUUCUCAAGGACAUGUACAGCUUAUAUAUGCCAUCAAUCGUUGUAACAUCAGCCAAGCCUACUGCUGCUCCAUCAACAAAAUCAUGGCUCACGUCGCGUAUCUCGGAUAGGCUUGUGAAGAACUUUCCAGUUCCCGUUGUUAUUGUACCUGCUCAAAAUAUGGAUUUGUUUCAGACAAAGUUGUUUGAGGCCUUAGAUAAAAGAAUGAUUUUAUGGGCUGCUGGUAAGAAGGAUACUGAUGAAUUACUGACCAAUCUCGGAUCUGCAGGCAUUUACACACUGGGAGACCAGCUCACACAUUUAAAAAAAGUUGCAGCUGACGAUAAUUUAGCAAGAAAUGAUAUGGAAGAAUUUCUUGAAGGGGAAGACGCAACCGAUGAUUCAUAUGACAGUGAGUCAUGCGUCCAUUCUUCUGACUUGCCUGAAAGUUUUGCUUAUUCUGAAAAUUCUCAGAGUAGAAGCAGCAGAUCUGUCUCGAAAUCCUCUUAUCCUGAUGAAAGUGACUCUAAUUUGAACGAUUCAGAAGAGGACAAGCAAAAAGAAAGAUCGCAAAAAAGCGACUCGAGUCACCUCAAUAGUGAUGAAAUAUCAGAAGAAAGUGCUCCGGAAAUCGAGGCCUUUAGACCAUCUACCAACAAUGACUCUUCACCCCAACUUAAAGCGAAGAGACCAUCUUUAUUACGGUCAAAAACGGAGAGUGUUGUGGAUAACGAUAAAAAUAGUGAGAAUGCUAAACACUACGAUUCACGCUCCUUAAUGUCUGACAAAGACGGUGCGUCUUUUAGAUUAAAGCAACUAGAGUUUGAUACACAGUUUCAUAUUUAUAAGGAAAAAGACCGAUUAGAAGAGCAGCCAAUUACCGAAGAAACGUACAAACAUUUUCUUGGCGUCGUUUCAGACAUGACAUAUAAGUAUGGCGUCAAGUUGGCCGAAUCUGCUAAAAAGGGUGGGGAAGAGGCUAGUCUAAUUAGAACCAUCACUGGUGCACCUGAUGUUUCUUAUUUAAGACCGAAAUCAAUGCUUUUAGGAGCAAAUACUGAGCGUAAAUCUUCUGGAAGGAAUUAUUUAUCGCCCGCAACACCAAAUGGAAAAAGAGCAACAUCUACACCGCAAAUUAGGGUGGAUUCGCCUGCCCAUAUUAGGGAAGGCAAAAGCCCUAUUGUCUCUAAAUUUAGCGAUGCUUCGAGCAAGCCGAAGAGCUCUUCUCUUAAAUUUGAUCUUCGAAAUCCAGGUCCAGGUGUAAAAUCGAUAAAAUCUGUCUCUCCUCAGGCAUCCCUCCAUUCUUAUUAUUCUGCUUCUUCAAAUUCCGGUACCGAUGGUAGAAAGAAACGGCACAGGAGUUUCUUUAAACGUCUUUUUGGUAAGUCUUGA